CACUGCUGCUGCUGCUGGUCCAGCGUGGUCCCCGCUAUUUAUUUACUUUUGUUUAUUUAUUAAAAUUCAUCUGCAAAAGCCAUGCCUAUUGUUGUGAUAACGGGUCUGCCGGCCAGCGGAAAGUCCACUCGAGCCCGCCAGCUUCGUGACCACUUCGAGGAGAAGGGCAAACGUGUUCACCUGAUCACCGAAAACGAAGCGGUCCCCAAGGCACUCUUUGAAAAGAACUCGCACGCCGGGGAUUCGCAAAAGGAGAAGGUGGUGCGAAGUGAUUUAAAGUCCGAGGCUUCACGAAACCUCAACAAAGACGAUCUGGUCAUCCUGGAUGCUGGCAAUUAUAUAAAAGGCUAUCGCUAUGAAAUCUAUUGCAUGACAAAAGCAGCUAGGACCAACCAAUGCACUCUGUUUUGCUGCAUUCCCCAAGAGCAGGCCUGGGAAUUUAAUAGCAAACGUACGGCGACGGAUGAACUGCCUCCGGAAGCCGAAACACCGGAGCAGCCGGUGAACAAUUCGGAUGUGCCUUACACCCGUGAGAUCUUUGAUGCCCUGUGCAUGAGGUACGAGGAGCCGCAGAGCAACAAUCGUUGGGACAGUCCCCUGGUGGUGGCCCUGCCGGAGGAUACCCUGGAUGUGGAGGCCAUCUACAAAUCACUGUACGAGACUCGUCCCCUUCCGCCCAAUCAGAGCACGCAGAAUCCACCUCUGGGAGCCACCAACUACCUGUUCGAGCUGGACAACAUUAUGCAGUCGAUAAUCAAGGAAAUACUGGGCGCGGUCAAGAUCAAGGCCUUCGGCCAGCUACGCAUCCCGGGAAGCUCUAGCCCCGUGAAGGUCACCACCUCGAUGAAUGCCCUCCAGCUCAACCGGCUGCGACAGAAAUUCAUCACGAGCACCUGCCGGGCGAGUCAAACAGCACCCACGCCCCUGGAGCAGGUGCCUCAGCUUUUUGUCCAGUUCAUCAAUGCCAACACAAUUGGCUGUUAGGAGUUUGUGAUUUUUAAA